GCCCUGUUACCCAAACCUCGGCUGAGUCGAGGAAUCUAAAAUGAAAAUAAUGAAAUGGGAUGAAAAAAUAAAUUAUUAUUAGUAAACGCAUCACCCUUCCAUGCCCCCGACCUGAACAAAACGAAACGAAAAUUUCCCAAAUUAGAAAGGAAGAAAAAGGAAAAGUUUACCAAAAAAAAAAAGAAGAAAGUUUGACGGGAGUCGUGGAAUCCGUUGGAAUUAAUUGCAUCCUUUUGGAUGUAUUCUCUCAUUAAUUCUUCUUUUUCUUUUAUAAAUACCCAACAGAGCUCCCCCUUCUCUCUCCAUCACUCUCAGUGUGUCAAUCAUUGUUAAUUUGAGAAGAGAAAAGAUGGAGAUGGUUUUUGGGAAUAAGAAGUUUGAAGGAAAGGGGAGCAGCAAUCAGAAGAAGCAGAGGAGGGGGUCCACUAAACAUUAUGGUGGUGGUAGUAGCUUUGGGAGGCCACCUCUGUCUCCUGGAGCAUGGCAUCCAACUGUUCCACAGUGGGAGAAGAAAUUCUGCACUUAUGUCUGUUCAAUCCCAUGGAAGAAACUGUGCGAGACAAAAAAGCUGAUGUACAUGUACCCUAAAAUUGUUGAGUGGAACGAUUCCGAAGGCGAAGAGGCUUUCCAUAAUGCAAAAGCUCGUUAUUGGGCAUCCAUCAAUUAUCUCCCUUGCCCUGUUCCUUUGCCUGAUCCAGACAAAUAUACUGAUAUCGUCGACUAUAAUGCUGCUGUUGAUCCUGAGCUCAUCGAGGAUUUAUAUAAACAGCCACCAGUCUCUGAGGAUUCUGAAGGGGAAAAGGGUAUCCUUUGGGAUUCUUUUCUUUUCACAACUGAUACUGUUCCUGUCACUGGCUGGGGUGAUGAAGAAGAUCAAGAUCGUACAGUUUAUGCCACUGAUCACUCUAUCCAAAUUCAACCUACUGGAUGGGGUGAUGACGAUGCAAGUCCGACUACUUACAACAAUGAUCAAUCAAUCAAGAUCCGACCUACUGGAUGGGAUGUCAUUGAAAAUCCUCCAAAUGAAGAAAGCCCUAAGGAUAAUCCUGCAGAUUAUCUGUGUGGAAUGAAUUACUCAUGGCACCAAGAUUCAUCUAAAGCUCGUAGUGGAUGGGAGUGGCAGAAAUCCGUGUCAUAAUUGAUGGUUUUUGCACAGAAAUGGAUUACCCAGAGAUUUUUUCAAGCAAACACAUAAAUGUGUUUUUUUGGGGUAAAAGCACACGGUUUAUGUGGAGUAUCAGGAAAGGAAAUUAUGUAAUCAACCACAUGGAAGCACUCAGCAAAUGAACUGCAAGG